AUGCAGCAAUUAUUACUGAUCAUUUUAUGCAUGUUAAUUGUAAGAAUAGACGCUUGUGGAUGUGGUGGUUGCAAUUAUGCAAGCGAUUUGGCAUGUGCUCGUUGUUGUACGGCCUAUGUGAAGCGUGAUUCUUCUUCUGUCAGCCUUCUGCCCUCUCCAUCCGACAUCUCUUCAUAUGCACCACAACCAUCAUCCAAUGUAAAUUUCAAUCCAUCAUCAAGUUCUGUUCAAUCCAGUAACGGCUAUUCUGCACCAUCCAACGCUCCAUUAUCAUUCUACAAUAAUAUCCAGAACCUUUACUCACCUCGUUUUUCGCAGUAUUCCGAUUUGAAACAUAAUGGUAACUCCGAAAAUAUCAAUAACAUUGGCUCAGUGGUGAAUCUGGAGAAUGCAGCAACGCCAUUAUUUUCAUCUGCGAUAUCAGCAAUUGAUCUAAUCAAAAAAGCUGAUCUCUGGCGUCAUUUAAUGUAUGGUCAGGCGUAUCGCCGACGUGAAAUUAAUGAAAAAAAACUUGACUUGAAAUCGAUCUCCGCUAAAUUCAGAGAUAUUCAGCGAGAAAAAGAACGACAAAAAAUUAUCGAUGAAGAAGUGUCGCCGAACGAUCGAAUGUAUCGCAGCGAUAGGGUCACUAAUUCAGCGCAAAGUCAAUUUUCGACAUUAGAAGCAAUUCUGCAGCAAUUACGAAUCGGCAAUUGA